AAUCCUUUGCAAUAACACAACAAAGUUCUUGCAGUCUUUAGCUAUGAAUUAAAAAAAAAAUAUUCAGCAGACAUCAUAAUGAAAGCUGAAGACGACAAGGUAUACAAGGUAUACAAUGAAGAGAGAAGAGCUCAGACAAGAUCAGGUUCAUUUGUUCCCAGUGCUGUGUCCAUGAAAAGUGACAAGUCGAUGAAAACACCUAUUGAGUUACAAAAUGGAAAUGUUCUAGAUCAAAGGAGAGACAAUUCACCUGAACCAAGUGCUGUGUCUCUCAAAAGUGACAAAUCAAUGAAAACACCAAUUGAGAUAAAAGAUGGAGAUUCUCCAGGGAAUCAAAGUUUUCAGCAAAGAGACAAUUCACCUGAUCCCAGUGUUUGGUCCCUAAAAAGUGACAAAUCAAUGAAAACGCCAAUUGAGUUACAAAAUGAACAUAAUCCAGGGAAUCAAAGUUUUCGGCAAACAUACAAUGCACCUGAUCCCAGUGUUUGGUCCCUGAAAAGCGACAAAUCAAUGAAAACACCAAUUGAGUUAAAAAACAGAGAUCCCCCGAAGAAUCAAAGGUUUUCACAGACAAAAUCUUAUCAGGAUACUCCGACGGCUGAGAGCUUUCCUGGAAAAUCCAUCCAUCAACAGGAUUCUGAAACACAUGAAGAAAAAAUUCUAAGACUCAAAUCAAACAUAAGAAAGAAACAUCAGUACAUUUUCGAAGGAUUUGCAAGGCAGGGAAACCCAACACUCCUCAAUGAGAUUUACGUAGAUCUCUACAUCACAGAGGGUGGGAAUGGAGAGAUCAGUAAUGAACAUGAAUAUAAAAGGAUAGAAAAAUCUUUAAAGAGUGCAGCAACAGCAACAAUACCUAUAAAAUGUAGUGAAAUCCUUACACCUUUACCUGGACAAAACAAAGCCAUCAGAACUGUGUUGACGAAGGGAGUCGCUGGCAUUGGAAAAACAGUCUCUGUGCAGAAGUUCAUCCUGGACUGGGCUGAAGAGAAGGAGAAUCAGGACGUCCAGCUCAUAUUUCCACUUCCUUUCAGAGAGAUCAAUCUGAUGAAGGACAAAACACUCAGUCUGUCAGAUCUUCUUCAGCUCUUUUUCCCUCAAACUAAAGAAAUGGAAAUAUCCAGUGACAAAUAUAAAGUGCUGUUCAUUCUUGAUGGUCUGGACGAGUGUCGUCUUCCCUUAAAUUUCAAAAGGAAUGAGACUCUGAGGGAUGUGACUAAAACAUCAUCAGUGGACGUGCUGCUGACGAACCUGAUUGUGGGGAAUCUGCUUCCCUCUGCUCUCAUCUGGAUCACCUCCAGACCAGCAGCAGCAGAUCUCAUCCCCUCUGAGUGUGUCCAUCGAGUGACUGAGGUACGAGGCUUCAAUGACCCUCAGAAGGAGGAAUACUUCAGCAAGAGAAUCAGUGAUCAGAUUCUGGCCAAUACAAUCAUCUCACACCUCAAGUCCUCCAGGAGCCUCUACAUCAUGUGCCAAAUCCCAGUGUUCUGCUGGAUCUCAGCCACUGUUCUGGAGAAGAUGUUGAGUGAAGCAGAAACUGCAGAGAUUCCCAAGACUCUCACUCAGAUGUACACACACUUCCUGAUGACCCAGAUCAACAUUAAAGGCACAAAGUACAAUGAGAAGAAAGUUGAAGAUAAAGAAAUGAUCCUCAAACUGGGGAAAUUGGCGUAUGAGCAGCUGGAAAAAGGCAAUAUAAUCUUCUAUGAGGAAGACCUGAGAGAGUGUGGCAUUGAUGUGGCAGAAGCUUCAGUUUACUCAGGAUUGUGCACUCAGAUCUUCAGAGAGGAGUUUGGCUUGUAUCAGGGGAAAGUCUUCAGCUUUAUUCAUCUGAGCAUUCAGGAACAUCUAGCGGCUCUAUAUGUGCACCUCUCCUUCCACAACAAUGAUGAAAAUGUGCUUGAACCACAAAAAUCUGGAGAGCAAGUGACAAUGUUGAGUAUACACACAUGUGCAGUUGAUAAAACUUUACAAAGUAUGAAUGGACGUUUCGAUCUUUUUCUUCGUUUCCUCAUGGGACUUUCAUUGCAGUCAAAUCUCAGCCUCCUAAAAGAUCUUUUGGUUAAGAAGCCAGGCAGCUCCCUGAAAAUAGAAAAAACUACUGACUAUCUCAAGGAAAAACUAAAAAUAAUCCCUUGCUCAGAAAGGGCUCUUGUUGUUUUCCACUGUCUGAAUGAACUCAACGAUCAUUCUCUAAUUACUGAAAAACAAAUCUACCAGACCCGUGGAGAUAUAAAAACCAACACUCUUUCCUCAGACCACUGGUUGCCUCUGGUUUACAUAUUAAUGACAUCAAAUGAGAAGUUUGAGGAGUUUCAACUUCCAAAAUAUGGACGACUGGACGAUGCCCUGCUCUGGCUACUGCCUGUGAUCAAGCUUUCAAAAAGGAUUUUGCUGGAUGACUGUAAUAUCACAUAUAAAGGCUGUGGAAUACUGUCUAUGGUUCUUUCAUAUGAAUCCAAUGUGAGAGAGCUGGACCUGAGCAACAACAACCUGCAGGACGCAGGAGUAGAAAUACUCUGUGGUGGAAUAAAGAAAUCGCCCAACAUGAAAUCACUGGUACAAGAAUGGUUCAAAAUGAAGCAAAUAGAUCUUGACAAACUGCAUAACAGCUAUGAAGAUUAUAUAUGUCUCACUGCUGGAUUACAGGACACAGAGUGUAAAUUGGAAUCUCUGAACCUGACCAACUGUGGAGUAACAGAAGAGGGUUGUGUUUUUCUGAGCAAAGCUCUGAUUUUAAAUUGUACUUAUCUGAAAGAGCUCAACCUGAGCUGUAACCCCAUUGGAGGCUGUGGGGUGAAACACCUUUGUGCUGCUCUGGAGAAAGUUCACUGUGCACUAGAAAUAAUGAUAUUGGCCAAAUGUGGAUUGACAGAUAAAAGUUGUGCUGCUCUGGCUUCAGCUCUCAGCUCAAAGACUAGUCUGAAAAAUCUGGAUCUGAGUAUUAAUGAUCUACAAGACUCAGGCGUGAAGACGCUCUGUGUGGGACUGCAGAAUCCUCACUGUAAACUACAGAAGCUGAGGUUGUCCAACUGUAAUGUAACUCAUGAAGGACUGACAGCCCUGACUGUAGCUCUGAAAUCAAGUCCAUCACAACUGAAAGAGCUCGAUCUUCUUGAGAAUGAUCUGGAAGAGUCAGACUUGAACAUGAUUUACAUGAUAAUGGACAAAUCAUCAGAUAAUGAAUAGAAAAUUCUAGCAACUCUUUAUGUGUGAAUAAAGACACACAGAAACACUGUUUAAUGAAAUACAUUUAAAGAACUUCGUUAAAAAUAUAAACAUAAGCUGUAACAGUGUGAAUAAUGAAAGUAUCAUACACCAUGAUUGUAAUGCCAAGCUGAAAAUCCAAGCAAGAUAAGACAAAGCUGGCAAUGAGGCUUAUCAGGAAAAUCAUUUCAGAAAGUGUGUAAAUAAAUGCAAAGUAUUCAAAACUAGACUGCACUAUAUGGCAAAGAACAAAGCCAGUUCACUCAUC